AGAGAGAGAGAGGGAGAGAAAGAAAACGAACAAGAUCAAGAAGAAAAUAAGCGGAACUUGAAAAGUUUUUGCGAAUGCACUCACAUAAUUUCACUUCUUCUUCUUCUUCUUCUUCUUCCACCUCUUGUUCUACGUAUUAUUCGUCGGUGAACUUGCAAAAGUUAGUUUUAUUCGACUUGGAUUCGAAUGAUUUUUCAUUAAUAAUUAAAUCGUGAUAGUUGACGUACAUCGACAUUGUCGUGUUGUUAAUUUUAUUAUUGCUGCUGUUGCUGUUGCUGUUUGGCGUGUUUGUUAAUAAGAUAUUAAAACAAUCGGUGCACGAAGUGAUCUUUUUUAUCGAGCAAAGUAUAGGACGGGGGUGUGCGAAAGGGUAGUUUACGAAGUGGCACCGAGGUGGAGAUUCCUCGAACGAAAGCAGUGGCCAGCGGUUUCCUCUGGAGGCGCUCAGAAAACAGUCAAGAUCCAUUGCCGCUCGGAGAUGUCGGAGAGUCAAGUUUUCAGCCCAGGGAGAUUAUGACAGGAACAUACCGAAGAUCGGUGAGUACAGAAAGCGCGUGCGAAGAUGAGGAGCAUAUCGCCAGGGGCGGAAGGACCCCUGGUGAAAACGAUUUCGAUGAAGAUGCUGGCGAUGGAACUAACACUUGUACAAUGUUCCCACUAAGAAUGGCGACUAACACGUCAAGGAUUCAACUAUCUGGCACGGGAGUUCCUGGCUUCCUCAGGAGUGCAGGCCAACAACAUGUCAACUUCGAUCCUGAGGCACCCCCAUUGUCACCCCUAGAACAGACUACAAGUCUACUCGAGAGACCUGACGCUGAUAAGAAAGUUAAGAGGCACAGCAUUCACGGAAUGAUGGAGGAGGAAAACGUGGUCAGACCUCACCAGGAAAUGACGACUCUUACUAUGCAAGAGAAAAAAUAUUUGCUUGCAGUUGAACGCGGUGAUGUGGCUUCCGUUAGAAGAAUGCUUCAAAGUGCACACGAGACAGAAUUGAACAUCAACUGCGUGGAUCCUUUAGGAAGAUCAGCUCUAUUGAUGGCAAUUGACAAUGAAAAUCUGGAAAUGGUUGAAUGGUUGAUAGAGCACAAAGUUGACACGAAGGAUGCCUUGCUUCAUGCAAUUUCGGAGGAAUUUGUCGAAGCUGUCGAAGUUCUUCUUGAUCAUGAAGAAACUUAUCAUAAAGACGGUGAUCCUCAUAGCUGGGAAGCUCUACCGCCGGAUACCGCAACGUUCACGCCGGAUAUCACACCGUUGAUCCUCUCCGCUCACAGAGACAACUACGAGAUCAUCAAGAUCCUUUUAGAUCGUGGAUCAACUCUACCAAUGCCACACGACGUUCGUUGUGGAUGUGACGAAUGUGUGACGUCCAGACUGGAGGAUUCCCUGAGGCACUCGAGGAGUCGAAUAAAUGCCUACCGUGCCCUAGCAUCACCCUCUUUGAUAGCAUUGUCCUCCAAGGAUCCUAUUCUGACGGCCUUUGAACUCUCCUGGGAAUUACGUCGACUCUCUUUUCUCGAGCACGAGUUCAAGUGCGAAUAUCAGGAACUCAGAAGACAAUGUCAAGAUUUCGCAACGGCUUUGCUGGACCAUACGAGAAGUUCCUACGAAUUGGAAGUACUUCUGAAUCAUGAUCCAAAAGGACCAGCGUUCGAGCACGGCGAAAGAAUGCAUUUGAAUCGUUUGAAAUUGGCCAUAAAACUUCGACAAAAGAAGUUCGUGGCGCAUCCAAACGUUCAACAACUACUCGCAUCGAUUUGGUACGAGGGCCUUCCCGGUUUUCGUAGGAAAAACAUGCUUCUUCAAGCUAUGGAAAUCGUCAGGAUCGGCUUACUCUUUCCUCUAUUCAGCGUGGCAUACAUCAUAGCACCUCACAGCACCAUUGGUCAAACUAUGAGGAAACCAUUCAUCAAGUUCAUCUGUCACUCGGCAUCAUACUUCACUUUUCUAUUUAUGUUAAUUCUAGCCAGUCAAAGGAUAGAAAGUGUGAUCGGUAAUUGGAUGGGACAUAGUGUUAUUGAUAAUGAUACGGCACCAACUAAAAGAGGUGCUGCACCGAGCAUCGUUGAGUGGUUCAUAUUAGCAUGGGUCUCCGGAUUAAUUUGGUCAGAGGUUAAACAACUUUGGGACGUCGGUUUGAAGGAAUACGCUAACGAUAUGUGGAACGUGAUCGAUUUUGUGACGAACUCUUUGUAUGUUGCCACGGUGGCACUUAGAGUCGUCGCGUAUUACAGGGUACAAAAAGAAAAUGAAGCCCAGGAACCAGGUUUUCAAGUAGAAUUACAACGAGAACAGUGGGACACCUGGGAUCCAAUGCUAAUAUCUGAAGGCUUAUUUUCAGCCGCCAACAUUUUUAGUUCUUUAAAACUCGUCUACAUAUUUUCUGUAAAUCCCCAUCUCGGUCCACUUCAAGUUUCUUUAUCAAGAAUGGUCAUGGAUAUCAUGAAAUUCUUCUUUCUCUACGUCUUAGUAUUGUUUGCUUUUUCUUGCGGUUUGAAUCAACUUUUAUGGUAUUAUGCCGAUAUGGAAAAAAAAAGAUGUCCAUCAGCGAUGCCGCAUUCAUUAAACGCAAACGUAACCACAGAUUCAAACGCUUGUGUAGUUUGGCGACGAUUCGCCAAUUUAUUCGAGACCACUCAAACGCUAUUCUGGGCUGUUUUCGGAUUGGUAGAUCUCGAAAGUUUCGAAUUGGAUGGUAUUAAAGUGUUUACGAGAUUCUGGGGUAUGUUAAUGUUCGGCACAUAUUCGGUAAUCAAUAUCGUCGUACUUCUCAAUCUUCUCAUCGCCAUGAUGAAUCAUUCCUAUCAGUUAAUAUCCGAACGCGCUGACGUAGAAUGGAAGUUCGCCAGGAGCAAACUUUGGAUCAGUUAUUUUGAAGAAGGUGGAACAGUACCACCGCCAUUCAAUAUCAUUCCUACACCAAAGAGCGCUUGGUACGUUGGCCUGUGGAUUUAUCGGAAACUCUGCGGUCAUAGUAGAGCCGCCAAAAAGGAACACAUGCGAACUAUCAGGGUAAAAAUUUGUACUAUAUACGAUAUCAUCGUAGGAUCUCUUCAAAGGGAAUCGUCGAGUGAUGUUAUCGAGAAAAAAGCGAAGCAAGCUUCUCAACGUGAUUUUCGUUAUCAAAGUAUUAUGAGAAAUUUGGUUAGACGAUACGUAACCGUUGAACAAAGAAAAGCUGAAAACGAAGGUGUAACCGAGGACGACGUUAACGAGAUCAAACAGGACAUAAGUGCGUUUCGUUGUGAGAUUAUUGAAAUUCUGAAAAAUUCUGGCAUGAACACAUCGACUGCUAGUGGUACUGGAACUGACGGUAGCCUUAAAGAGCUGUCCAUAGGUGCGGGAGGUAAGAAGAAUCGACAGAAGGAACGACGCUUGAUGAAAGGAUUUAAUAUAGCCCCUCAACCCGGUAGUAGUUCUACUUUGUUAGAACCGGUCGCGGAAUUGAUCGCUUCUUGGAAAGAACAACAACAGGAAAAUUCUCAUCACGAGAUUUACGGUUCUACUAGAAGCGAGAUAUUUGGUUUAGGUACUAUGCCGAAAAAAAGUUUGCAUCAUAGUAAUGCGUGUAGACAAAGUCGUGGUGUUAGAAGUAGCUCGAAGAAAAAACGUUGGGAUACUUUGAUCGAAGCUGCGAAAGCUCACAAAGUUUCGAAGAAAUUUAUCGGUAGAUCUCGUUCAGAGGAUUCCGUUUAUUCACCCGCAUCAGAAGAUGGUGGCUCAAGAUCGGAAGGUUCUACAGAUUCAAAGUCAUCUUUGGAAAUUCAACGAAGUCAGGAGGUUCAUAGACACCACCAUGCUCAUCAUAGUCAUCAUUCCCAUCAUCCGACGGAAAGUCAUCAUGGUUUUAGUCGUAUCGCUAUAGUUUCUGCUUUAACUAAAAAACGAAAAAAGUUCUCAGCAUCGAGAGUAUCGACGCCAACUAUGACGAGCACCAAUUCAAAUACGAUGGAAAGUACAACUCAACCCAUCACUUCGAUUCUUAUGUCAAAAGUAUCGAAGAAACAAUUGCAACGAGCUAGCAGCGUGCCUACCAGAGGUCCGGAACUUGGUUCUCAAGCGAUACCACCGAGACGACACGAAGUCACACAGAGUCAACAACCAAGCUUGGAUACCGCUGAAAUUACGAGUGUUACCGAACAACAAAAUAAAUAUGAUUUGUUAGGGGUGGUUAGCGCUGUACCAUUGACACCAUCGACCACGGAAGAGAGCAUGAUAGCAAGCGGAGCGAUUUCAAUGACGGUAAAGACAAAUGGUUCGGCUACGCAACUUCAACGACUUCCUGGCAUCGAACCGAUCUCCGGACAUGACGUGUCAGCUGGUUGGCUCUGAGUACGGCCCCGUCAUCGAACCGAUCGAUGACGAGCCUCGGUGAUUAGAAAACAAUCAACGCUAGAAUCCAAUGCGGAAUUUAACAUGUUCGAAUACGACGAAAAUUCGAACGACGAAUGAUAAUCGAUUAUAAUUUUGCGCCGAUUUAUUUUGAUGUUCGAUAAAAAUAUCUAAUAAUAUCGCAAAAAAAUAAAAAUAAAAAUAAGAAAAGAAA